AUGCUUCAUCGACUUAAUUCGAAGUUUAAAUCAGAGGAUAUCAUUGUCGAACAACCUCCUGAAACUUUAAUGAAUCAUCAAUCUCAUGUCACUGUAAGGCAUCUGAAUGCUGUGAUAAAUGUCGCUUUAUGGAAAAAGCGCAAGUUCUCUAGAUUCGAAGAUCAUGGAAAUAUUGUCGACUUGUUUCCUAACCACUAUAAUGGGCGAAUUGCAAUCGCGUUACAAUCUAAAAAACGGGCUGAUAUUACCCUUGAGCAUUUAUAUGGUAAAGAAAGUAAGGCUGAUUAUGUCUCCUUGCGCUCACAAGAACUCAAGGGGACAUUACGUGCAAGAUCAGCCGCUUUUCAUAAUUUAAUACAGCAGAAAGGUCGAACUACACACAUCAAGCACAAGUCUGUAGCAAUUGUAGUGAUUGGUAUGGCAAGUCAGCAGUCUUCUCGCAAUAAUGAGGCAUCCUUGACUGUCUUGUAUCUCCAAGUUGGUUGA